UAAUUCACUUUAAUUGCCAGAUUCUUAUCGCCAGUAAAUCAUAGAGUAAAUUGAAUCUUCUAUAUGCCAACUUCCGUAAAGGAUGUGUUCUUUUUAUUAAAUAUUCAAAAAAUUAAUUCGUUUCAGCACUUAUCUUAUGCAUCUAUAGUGUACACGUUAAUUUGUGUCAGUUUGGAAUUGUCACUUGAUAUACGAUACACGAAGCCGUUUCUCCAGCAAACAAAAUGAAAAUUACCGUGGUUUCUCUUCUGAUCACGUUUGCCUGUAUUGCGAAAGGCAAAGGUCGUCAAACCGACGAGGCAAAUUUGUGCCCUAUGAAUGGUUGGAUUCACCUAAUUUCAUCAUGUUACUACUUCAGUAAUACAAAGACAACAAUGUCUACAGCAAGAUCGUCAUGUCGUAAUAUGGGCGGGGAUCUGGUGCUUCCAAUCAACAACGAAGAACAUAAAGCAAUAUGGCAGGUUGCAAAAGAGAAGAAAUUGAGAUACCUUUGGAUCGGCUUGAAAGAACAACAGAAAAAUCAUUUUUACACCCUUGAUGGAAAAAUACCAUCUUAUACAAACUGGGGCUCCAGUCAACCAGACAAUGGUGGAAAUGAACACUGUGUUAUCUUUUAUGAAGAAGAUGGAAAAUGGCAUGAUACUUCAUGUUCUAAUCACUUCAAUUAUAUUUGUCAGAAAAAUAUGCGCAGAUAUAAACUGAGCUGCGGUGAAAAUAGAAUGAAGAUAUCAAUUCUAAAAUCACAUUUCAAUGUUACAUCAGCUUCACAACUGCAACUUCUCGACAGUUCGUGCAAACCUCAAGAGACGAAAUAUUCUUACUUUUUCACUACUUCACUGACUGCAUGUGGCACAACUAUGACGACAGAGAAUGGCGGAAAAACUGUUUCAUUUCACAACAAAAUUGUCGAGAGCCUGUCAGCAUUUAACAACACCAUUUCACGAUCCAAAGAAAUCCAGUUUCCUUUUAAAUGUAAUUAUCCUCAAAGUUAUCUUGUCUCAUCCUCAUCAUUUGGUCUUGCUGAUUUUACUAUCACACCAAACAACGGCAGCAGCAAUGAUAAUCAUAACAUUUCCUUGAUAAUGGGCCUUUAUGAAGAUCAGUCAUUUAGUAAACCUUUGAUUGGUGAUCCAUCAUUGAACGAGCGUUUGUAUGUUGAAAUUGGAUUGAAUACGACAAGUUCAAGCUCUCGAAAUUCAUCGUUUGGAAUUAAGUUGAAUGAAUGUUACGUGACCUCAAAAAGUUCUUUGGCUGAAUACAAGUAUCUUUUGAUUGAACGGGGCUGCAAAAAAGACAAGACUGUGUCAUUUCAUAAAUCGUUGCCACACAAAAAAAGAUUCAGUUUCUUGGUUUUCCGUUUCCGUGGAUUGCAUCAUUACAGAACACAUGUUCACUGCAGAGUCAGUGUGUGUGAGAUACACAACAAGUCCUGUCAUUUGGGAUGUCGAUCGUCACAAAAUGGAAAGCGCAUGUUUUCUGAUGACCAACGGAUCAGAUACUUCUUUUAGCGAACACAAUUGGAGUGCGCUAUAUUUGGACAAAUCAUCAAAUGAAUUAAAACUGAACAAUGGACACUGAUACUUGGACAUGACCACAUAAAAUUGUUAACUUUCUUCAUAAUUUUAAAACACAUAGAUAUGCACGUAAUUUAGAGUAGAGAAGUGUUGGUUUUAGAGAAGUACUAGCCCGAUGUAGUAUAACCUAUUUAGGUGUAUUCUGGAGAAAUAGAAGUGUCAAAAAUGCAUUAUUUGUAUCGCAAUAAUAGGAAAAUAUUUUCCGAUGGAUUUUCAAAUAGAUUGUUUUACAGUUUGGAGUAAUCUUUCUUCUUUUGGCAGAUAUUUCGUUAGACUCUUCAGCAGCAAGGUUAUUGACUUGUCCAACAGCUGUUUGGGCUUGCAGAAGAGUUUUUAGUUUAUUAA